GCAAAAGUACCCAUCUUCACGUCUCCUUAAAUUAAUUAAACAAAAACCUUUUGGACUUGGAGAAGGGAAAGAUGAAGAAAACAAUCUACAAUUGAACACGAAACUUAAGCGUAAUUCCCCCCUUUCAUUCUCCACGCAACCCCCUAUCACGGCCGCGACCGGAGAACGGAGACCGGUGACCGGCGGCAGUCUUAAAGUAUCUCGUCGUUUUUGCCUCACCUUUUUUGGGAUAGAUUUCAUCGCCCAUGUGCGGCUGACGGAAAUUUAUAGUGUUUAUAUUGUAGGAGAAAAACCUAGAAAAUUUCGGGGUUUUUAGUGUGAGCCCAUAUAUUAUAUAGCUUUGUUAGGCAGGUUUAUGUGGUUAUUGUGUGUUUUUGAAUAUUGGAGGAGGUAGGGAAAGCUGGUCUGGACAUUAUUAUCAUCGGAGGGAACACAAAAAAGAUCACUUUUGACUUGUUGAGAAUUCGGAGCAGCACUUUGAUCAAAAGAAAGAAAAUUUAGUUUCCCCAACUGGGUUUUCUCGGAAUUGCUUAGAAUUGUUUACUUACUGGUAUAUUGAGAAUUUCAGCUGGGUGUUUGUGGAAACAGUGAAUCUAGUUUCAGUGCUAUAUUUUAAUUGCUUGGUCCAUGGGGAAUGGUCAGGGUGUGUUUGCAUAUCGUCAGCGUACAUGAAUGAUGUUCAGUGGACAAAAAGGUGCUAAUGGCCUUAACAUAUUCAAAUGGAGAAGGCACGGCGAAUCAUCAUUGAGAACAGGAUUGCUUGAUGAUGUGCAUCCUGAAAUCGAACUGUCGGACUAUCGCAGAGCACCAAGUCCAGGUAGUGAAAGCCCAUCUGGGCUUCUUAAUGGUGAAAGCGUGAAUGUUGAACCAAUUUCUGAUCUGGACUUGUUCUUCGAGAGGCUCUACAACUAUUAUUGCGAGAAAGGAUUAUGGUGCAUUAUUAUAAAGUGGAUAUUUGAGCUCUUGAGCCUAGCUUUCACUAUAUGCUUUUCUGGAUUUUUUCUGUUGUACGUUGAUUGGAAUGGGCUCCGCAAUGCCAAAUGUGGAAUGGAUGCUGUGGAAUCUGGAAUUAAACCUUGUGAUCUGGCCAAUGAAGCUCUUCAUCUGCACCCAUUGAAACCUCUUACUCUCUUUAAAGCCAUUGUGUUGGGUUACCUGGGGAUAUUUUCUGUCUACUGGAUAUUUUGCUUCUUAAGGUUUUUUGCACAGCUAAAAGAAACCCUGACAAUCCGUCAGUUCUACUACAGAAGUCUUCAUGUGACAGACAAGGAGAUACAAACCAUUCCGUGGGCAUCCAUUCUUGAAAGGGUUGUUCAGUUACAAGAAUUGCAACAACUUUGUGUAGUCAAGAAUCUUUCUAUUCAUGAUGUGGUUAUGCGAUUAAUGCGGAAGGAAAAUUAUUUGAUAGGAAUGCUUAACAAAGGGCUCCUUGCUUUUCCUAUUUCUCACUGGGUACCUGGCGCUGGUCCAACUAUCAGUUAUGGCCCCAAUGAUGUGUGUAGUCGUCUAAUACUGACAAAAACCCUUGAAUGGACCUUAAAUUGGUGCAUACUGCAGAGCAUGUUUGACAGAAACUUUUGUAUACGGAGGGACUUCAUUUCUGAUCCUAAAACAUUAAAGAAAAGGCUUAUGAUUGUUGGAGUUUUAAUGCUUCUCUUAUCCCCAUUUCUCGUCAUAUUCAUGCUGGUGUAUCUCUUCUUGAGGCAUGCUGAACAGUUCUACAACCAUCCAAGUACGGCAUCGUCUCGAAGAUGGUCAAAUCUUUCCAAGUGGAUGUUUAGGGAAUUCAACGAGGUUGACCAUUUGUUUAAGCAUCGCAUCAACAGCAGUGCCAUACAUGCUUCUGAUUAUCUAAAGCAAUUUCCAUCGCCAAUUAUAUCUAUUGUCGCAAAGUUCAUUUCUUUUGUUUCCGGUGGAUUUGCUGCUGUUCUUAUUAUCAUUGCAUUUCUAGAAGAAUCUCUACUGGAAGGCCAUAUAUUUGGUCGCAACUUAUUCUGGUAUGCUGCGGUAUUUGGAACUAUAACAGCUAUAAGCCGGGCUGCAAUAACCGAUGAGCUUCUUGUCCUUGACCCACAGGGAGCAAUGUCACUUGUUGUCCAACAUACACACUUUAUGCCAAAGAGAUGGCGAGGGAAAGAAAAUACUGAGGCCGUACGAAUUGAGUUUGAAACUUUAUUCCAGUAUACCGGAAUGAUGUUACUUGAGGAGAUGGCCUCAAUUUUUCUUACACCAUGUCUACUGCUAUUUGUUGUCCCAAAGAAGGUCGAUGAUAUUUUGCGCUUCAUUGCGGACUUCACUGUUCAUGUUGAGGGUGUUGGUCAUGUGUGCAGCUUCAGCAUGUUUGAUUUUCAGAAUCAUGGCAAUAGCAAAUAUGGAUCACCAUAUAGUUCUCCCCGCUUGCAGAGAAGUUCUCAAGGGAAAAUGGAGAAAUCAUUCCUGAGCUUUCAAACCAGCUAUCCUUCCUGGCAACCUGAUGAUCAUGGAAAACAGUUCAUAUCAACACUUAAAGCGUUUAGAGAGCAAAAGCUGCAGUUGCAUGAAAUAGGACCUGCAUAUCGACCUUCAGAGUUACAGCACUGGAAUCCUGACUUUAGAGGCUUAAGCGAUCGAAACAAUUUGUUCUCCUGGGAAACGCCUCUCAACAACUUAGGAGCUGGAUUUGGCUCAAUGUGGUUAAUAGAUGGUGGACAGAGGAAUUAUCCUUACAUUCUUGAUUGGUAUUAUACCUCGCAUCCUCACAAUACAAAUGGUGAUUCAAGAGGCAUUGAAUCCAGGCCUCUUCAUAGUGAUAACAAUGAACAACUUAAAGAUCCUUGGAUGCCACCUCAUUUUGUGCAAAGCAAGGAUACAGUUGACGACAACUGGGGGCACCUAUUUGAGGACCGAGCAAAAAGUCAUCUCGAAGCUACCACAUCAGCUCCUGUUUUGAGGGAGAGCAUCCUACAUCAUGAUGAUUCAAGUAGCAUGGCACAAUCUAUGAGGAGCCAGUGGUGGACUAGAAGUCGACCACAAGUCGCAGAUCCCCAGACAAGCUUCCUUGAACCUCCGAAUUUCAACAGCAAUCCUCGUAAUUAUUAUGAUAAUUUCUCUGACAGAAGUCAAGACGAGCACGAGCAUGAACAUGUUUACUUGAAGAAUUCUAAUAGGUUGGCCAAUACCUUCUUCAUGGACGAUUCGGUUGGAGACUUCAACCUUCCUUUUGAUGAUAUUUACAGAAGGCCCUCAGGAAACCCCACAAGAAAGUUAGAUCCUUCAGAUCUUGUUUGAUGUCAAUCUCUAAAGACACUAGGAAAUGUUAUGAAUUUCUGGGUCUCCAAGUUGUCUUCUUUCAAGAAAAUUGUUCAUAUUUUACAUUCUUUAUUGUGCAUAGUUGAUUGUGAGGUUAGAUUUCUGGAAAAAGGGCCCCAGGUUUUUUCUAGAAAUUAAUUGGAUUUGAAUGUCAUCAUUGAUCCUUUUAAAAAUGUAAGCACCACUAGAGCUGCUGCUAACAAUGGAAGACAUUCUUUGUACAUAAUGCAAUUUAGCAAGUAUUUCCUUUCUUGAUC